AGGCAAGUAUAUACACGACGAACCAUUUCACUGUACUCUUUCAGAAGACGGAAGGAACUGAUUUAUUUGUCACUGGUCACGCUGUGUGUAAUAGUGACUUAUAUUUUUAAUAGUGGCCUUUAAUAUAAUCAUUUUCGUAAAUUUCUUUAAGUUUUAUUGUUAAGUUUCAUUAAAAGAGUGGUCGAUUAACAAAAAAAAAAAAAAAAAAAAAAAAAAAAUGGCUCCGCGUGCAGAAGCAGUACCGAAAGAAAUUUCAGAGGUUCCAAAAAAUGUGCCGACUAGAGGAAUUAAUGCAGUUUUAUUAGGUCCACCUGGUUGCGGUAAGGGUACACAGGCUCCACUAUUGAAAGAACGAUAUUGUGUAUGCCAUCUAUCCACAGGUGAUAUGCUUAGAGCAGAAAUCAAUUCUGGAUCCCCUAUUGGAACAGAAAUUAAAAAAGUAAUGGAUGAGGGUAAAUUAGUUAGUGAUGAUCUUGUAGUUAAUAUGAUUGAUAGUAAUCUAGACAAACCUGAAUGUAAACGUGGUUUUUUAUUGGAUGGUUUUCCUAGAAGCGUUCCACAAGCUGAAAAACUUGAUGAAAUGUUGAAAAAGAGACAAACUAAAUUAGAUGCUGUCAUAGAAUUUGGGAUUGAUGAUAAUCUAUUGAUAAAGAGAAUCACAGGGCGUUUAAUACAUCCUGCAAGUGGCAGAUCAUACCAUGAAGAAUUUUCUCCUCCUAAAGAACAUAUGAAAGAUGAUAUUACUGGAGAACCAUUAAUUAAAAGAUCUGAUGAUAAUGCAGAAGCAUUGGGGAAACGAUUAGCAACAUAUCAUACACAAACUCAACCUUUGAUUGACUAUUAUGCUUUACAAGGGAUUCAUUAUUAUGUUAAUGCAGCUCAAUCUCCUACAAACGUUUUUAAAGACAUUGAUCGCAUUUUUUUAAAAAACACUAAAGAAGAGAAAAAGAAAGGCCUUUUCAGUUGGCUUUUUUAAGGUGUUGAAUGAAAAAAUAUACCUUGUUUUCCUUUUACAAACAAAAUGGGCAAUAUGUAGUUAAUGGAAAAAUAGUUUCAAUAUUAAAUGACUUCUGACUAAAUUUAGCAAUUUAGAUAUAUGAUUUUUAGUUUAAAAACAAUUUAAGCUAUUUUUAGUCAGUACAGUAUGUAUUUUUUGAAUAACUAAUUGAUUGGAAAAUAUUAAGCAAAAGAGAAGAAAGUAAAAGUGAUAUUUCAUUGGUUAAAUUGCAAAUAAUAUAUAUGUUAAAAAAUGAAAUGUUAUAAGCAAAUAGUUCAAAGCACACAUUUUAAUAAUAGAACGAAUUUGAUAUAAUAUUUUCAUAUAUAAUUGAAUCAUUUAAUUGCAUAAGGUAAUGUAUGUAUAUAUAAUGGGAGACAUCAUUUUUUUGUUUAAAUUUAUCAUAGAAUAUAUUUGUAUUGCUUUCUAUUUUGUCACCUUGAUAUUCUUUGCUAUUUCUUAAAGCUUUUAUAAGAUUCUUUGCAUAAAAUAUGUCAUUCUUUAAUUUUGUUGACUGGAAUUUAUAUUUAGGAAUUUUUAGUACAAGAAAAAAGAUUUAUUCAAUAAUUAAAAUAUUUAAAUAUAAAAUGUAAAUAUUAAUUAAUAACACAAAAUUUUAAAAGGAAUUUGCUUCAGUGUUAUUUCUUAUGUAAGACUUGAUAAAAGCAUAAUUUUUGAACUCAAGUGAUAAAAUAGUGCAUUUUAACAUACCAAACAGUUUUAAUAAAAUGCUUUAUUGAUAUAUAUAUAUAUAUAUACACAUAUAUUUUAUACGCACACAUGUUUUUAUAUAUUUUGAUUAAUAAAUUUUAUUUAGAUAAAGCUGUAUAAAUAGAAGGCACUAAAUAUUUUAAGAUACAUUACUAAAAUAUUGAAAAUAUAAAAAUGUCUAUACAUCCUUAGACACAGAUAAUUUUCCUAAAUGGCUAUAAAAUGAAGUGUAAUAUAUAUUUUGAAACCUAUUUUCCACAUAAUUCAAAGUAACACAAAUAUAUUAUAGAAUUUCCACCUCAAAAAAUGAAUGUAUAUCUGAAAAUAUAGAAUAAAAUUUCUAAUAUACUGAAA